ACAGAGUACGGCUCGGGAAGACAACAGUUCGUAGUAGCCGAAUAGUACCCGCAGUCUGUUGGUGUCGAAGGGGGGAGGCGCAGUCUGCUGUUAAGUACACUUGAGUGAGUGAUGGAUGUGUGUCUAGGUCUGGGCCUAGGAGACACGAUGGUGACUUUGAUGCAAAAGAUGAGCGAUUCGGGCUCUGUGAUGGAGCCGGAGGUGGUGGACAGUCCUCGAGGAAGCAACUUCUCAUGGUCCUUUGUAAAUCGCAGUGCUGGGCAAUCUUCGAGUGCGAAAGCCUGUGAUGCUUCUGUGGCUAUUCCUAGGAACUCUGCUGAUUUCGCCAGCGAAGCCAGCUUUUGCAGCUCGCCCUCUGCGUCGGCUGCUUCAGGAUUGUCCUCUGACGGGAAGUCCAGCUCGUCCACCAGCUCUGUUAAGUCUUCUUCGUCUCGAUCUCAUUCGAUCAGGUCGCUUUUCGGGCUCGGCAAGUCGAGGGCGAGGAAGCCUGCCGUGUUGGAGAAGGUGCCGUUCGGAAAAUGGUCUAAGUACUUGACAGUGUGCGUCGGGAGUCGAACUGGGGAGACUGAGAAAUAUGUCAUCAACAGGAGUUUGUUGGCGCAUCCUCUUAUACAAGUGCUGAUCAAGUGUUCUGAAGACGAGUUCGAUGAGGACUACUCGUCGAAGAGUAAAAUUAACAUCGCCUGCGAUCCUGCAUUGUUUUUGGAGGUGGUCCGAUUAGUGGAUGAUACAAUGUGCUCGGCGCAGGAUGUCCACGCUGACGAAUGUGAAGAGAGUCAUGAGGAGGAUAUUUGAGAAACCAAUCAGGAGUAUAUGAUCUGGCUUACUUCUGCACGGAACGCUGUUAUGGCGUCCCCCAAUUUUGACCGUCAGAGCCAACAAAUGCAGCUCGAGCUUGUACAUAUGAGAGUUGAUUUAGAUCUUAGACGAGGUUCACAAACAUGCGGGUAUUGAGGGUGAUGUACCUUACACCUUCAAACCACGCGCAGCUGGACACUUUGUACAUGUGUAUAUACUUCUCUGCACCGUUCUGCCUAAGCUCGGCACAACUCGGUUGAAGUUAGCAGUUACUGAGAUCAACAGGUGCUUAGUUUCAUAGUAGGAGAGAGCUGAAAGAGGCGGACUUGAUCCGGAAAACCUCUGUUUAUAUUUCAAACAAUUGCCCUUGUUGGGAAACAUCAAGUAUACUGAAAGUUCCAAAGGUUGAUAACGGAUUUUGUUAGUGCAACAUGAAAUGCAAAAGGAC